AAUAGCAUUCUUGAUUUAAUCUACAACCGUAGCGCAUAAAGAAAGAAAAACAAUUUCUUUCAUAUUCGGAGCUUCCUGACAUUGGGAAAUCCCAACUAUGUCUUCGUGGGUCACUUUUUUCUUCCUUUCCUUUUUCUCCGUUUUCACUUGCAUCAAAGUUUCUUCUCAAGACCUUUCUCUCUUAUAUAACUUUUGUCCAAAUACGACAACGUAUUCAAGGAACAGCACUUACUACACCAAUCUCAAAACCCUUUUGGCUUCCUUUUCUUCACCCAACUCUUCCUACUCCACCGGAUUCCAAAGUGGUAAGGCGGGUCAAGCUCCCGAUACCGUCACCGGACUUUUCCUAUGCCGCGGAGAUGUCUCGCAGGAAAGUUGCCGUAACUGCGUGGCCUUUGCCGUCAAUGAAUCCUUAACGCGGUGCCCGAAUCAGAGCGAGGCCGUGCUCUAUUACGAUGAGUGUACGCUCAGAUACUCUCACCGGAAUAUUCUCUCCACCCUUAGAACCGAUGGUGGAUAUACCUUGCCUAACCUCAAUAAUAUUCCACGUAAUCAGCAAGACCGGUUCCGAGAUUUGGUUUUGUCCACCCUGAACCAAGCGGCAGCCAAAGCAGUGGCCAGUUCCCGAAAAUUCGAUGCGAGAAAAGUCAAUUUUACUGCGUUGCAGAGUUUGUACGGACUUGUUCAGUGCACUCCUGAUUUGACGGGGCAAGACUGUUUGCGUUGUCUGCAAACGUCCAUCAAUCAGUUACCCACUGAAAGAAUUGGGGCAAGACUUCUUUUGCCUAGCUGUGGUUCGAGAUACGAGCUUUACCCGUUUUACAACGAAUCUGCCGUUACAACACAAACCACCACCUGAGUUUGUAGGAGGAGUUGGCCUCCAAUAUAAAUUGAUCAAGAAAUAAAUGCAGCUGAAUUGUUCGUAGAAAA